UAGGUCAUUCAAUGCUUAUCAUGUUGUCAUUUUAUGACACUUGUAUGUCCUAAUUUUUUUAUAGAGUAUAAAAAGGACACAUCUCACCUCGGUAUAUCACUGAUAGGACUCCAUCUGAAAGCUGAAAACAUGAAGAUUGCCAUCCUUUUACUUGCUGUGUUGCCAUUUGCCAUGAGUGCAAAGAUUGACGACAAACGUUUCAUUGAGAGUUUACUGGGUGGAUAUGACAUUCUUGCCCUUGCCAAUCAACUUCUUAGUCAAUUUGGAUGUGACGAGACUGAAGCACAAUGUGAAAGCACAUUGUGUCCACAAGUUCUCAACAAAAUAGACGGCCACAAUACCCUCAUUACAAAUCUUGUCUGUACUGGAGUUUGCAAAGAGUCUCAAGUGCUAGCAAAACAAUUUGCACAUGGUCCAGUCAAUGGGAUUGACCCAUGCACUGGUGGAAUUUCUGGACGUUAAAUAUGUUAAUAUGCAAAAAUUGAAUAAAUAAAAUAUUCCAUAUAAA